AUGGACGUGUACCAGCCGCUUCCUCCAAUUCAGGGGCAACGAUUAACAUUUAUCUCCUCAAAACCAUUCGUUCUAACUCUGAUCGAGACUUGCCUCCCUCACAUUCCAAAGACGACAUAUUCAACGCGCGUAGAGAACCAGCAACUACAGCUUUUCAAUCCACCAAAGCAGAGUGCAGAUAAGGUUGCGCGCGAGGCGAAAAAGGCAAGACGAAAGAAGGCGCAGGAGAAGAAGCGCGAAUGCGUGAUGGGCAAAAGGAAAGCGAUGGAGUUGGGUGUAUGGGAGUUUGAUAAGAGGCUCGCCAAGUGGGAAAUCUUUUGGCCUGUGCAUCGGAUGUGGGAGACGUAUAUGGCGGAUGUGAUGGGAUUUGCGCCCCGCCCGGAACAUUUGCCUGCAAAGGAGCGGAUCGAGGCUUCUGUCAAGGCGGGUGUGGGUGCUAUUCAGGCAAAGUUGCUCAAGGCGGAUUUUCAUGGGUGUAUCGUCACGGUGAAAGAUUGUAAGAAUGCAUCAAGAAUUGGCGGAGAAGGCAUUGUCGUUCACGAAACGAGUAACACAUUCAAAGUUGUCACACGCGAAGAUGAACUGAAAGUAUAUCCAAAGCAAGGCACCGUCUUCAGCUUUUCGCUUCCCCUCUUUGCGCCAUCCCCUCACUCGCGCGAAAGUGAUCCGCGAAUAUCCUUUGAUCUGUAUGGAAAUCAGUUCCGUUACAGAGCCGGAGAGCGCGCAGGAAAGAAGUUUAAGCCAAAGGAGACGAUUGAGCUAUGA